UCGAAGGGGCAAAAGUCCUGAGUGGUUAGCUCACCGAAGGUGGCUGGAAUCUCGAGAUCGAGGGCAAGGACAAAAGCCCUGUUUCCCCUUCUCGUCCCCUUCUCUUUGGAUUUCCUAGGGUUUCGUUCCAACUGUUGAGAUUUUGGUAGCAGGCAGCGGAUUGAGAUGGAUGGAGAGGAGCUGACGGAAGAGGAAACAGCUCUCUACGAUCGGCAGAUUCGAGUGUGGGGCGUCGAUGCGCAGAAGAGGUUAAGCAAGGCUCAUAUACUGGUCAGGGGUUUAAAUGGCACGGCAGUUGAGUUCUGCAAAAAUAUGGUGCUAGCAGGAAUUGGGAGUUUGACGCUGAUGGAUGAUCGUUCAGUCACAGAGGAUGUUCUUCAAUCAAACUUCCUGAUUCCUCCUGAUGAAGCUUACUAUAGUGGCAGAUCCCUGGAUGAACUUUGUUGCGAGUCUUUAAAAGAUUUCAAUCCAAUGGUCCGUGUUUCAGUGGAAAAAGGUGAUUUGUCACAGUUUGACGGAGAGUUUUUUGACAAGUUUGAUGCAGUGGUUCUCAGCUGUUGCUCUCUUAAAACUAAGAAAGCAAUCAAUGAAAAGUGUCGAAGGAGACCAAGGCGUGUUGCCUUUUAUGCAAUCGAGUGUAGAGACUCAUGUGGCGAGAUUUUUGUUGAUCUGCAAAAGUACACCUACAUCCAGGUAAUGAGUUCGUAUGUGGCUCCUUGCCUUGACUACAUAUUAGAUUGCUAUAAACAUGGAUGCUUGGAUACAAGUGAUGCCUCGAAAAAGUCUGAUGGUACUGCCGAAUGCCAACUAAACUAUCCAAGUCUUGAGGAAGCUAUUUCAAUAGCCUGGAGGGAUCUUCCAAGGAAAGUGAGCAAAGUGUACUUUGCCAUGAGAGUGAUUGAAAGGUUUGAAUUGUCUGAAGGACGCAAUCCUGGAGAAACUUCUAUUUCUGAUCUUCCUUUAAUUUUGAAGAUGAGGAAGGAACUGUGUGAUGCUCAGUCUUUGGGUGAGUCUUAUAUCCCAACCAGCCUUUUGGAACGAAUACUAGCAGCUGGAGGGAAAGAGCAUCCCCCUGUUUGUGCAAUUUUGGGGGGAGUUCUUGGCCAGGAAGUGAUUAAAGCAAUCUCCGGUAAGGGCGACCCGCUGAAGAACUUUUUCUACUUUGAUACGGCUGAUGGAAAAGGCAUAAUAGAGGACAUGUCCAACUCUUCUACAAGCUGAUUUUUAUAGUGUGAUGAGGCGAUGCCGAUGCAUACUGGUCUAGCUGAAUGUCUAAAUUAUAUUAGCAAUCAACUAUUUAUUCAGCAUUGAUUUCAGGAAGUGGAUUACUUAUUUGUAUAAUUGUAACAAGUUAUAUGUACCCAGCUGCUUACGAUAGAUUCUACAUCAAUCUACAUCUUGGAAUGGGAAGUGCUGUUACCUUGAUAAGUUA